UGACCACACUCUCCAGCCAAUCCCUAAUUGUGUGUGCGUGUGUCUGCAUUUUUUUCCUGACAUGAAGAAGGAAACCGAGUGAGUAUUUGUUCUCUGAGCCUGUGUCUGGUAGUGCUGAGCCUUUUGAAUUGUUUGCUUGACUGAAAAAGUGAAGGUGGCAGAAUUUAGCCGUGAAAAAUUACUGGAGUUUGGUUACUAUGUGGCAUUGUUGGAUGCCCUUCAUCUUGGCCUGGGUAUCCAUGGCAACCCCAACACUCUGCCAAAGUGGAGAUUGGGGUUCAGGCUUUGACAUUUAUUCUGCGAGAAUGGCCACCAAUGACACGUUGCAGGCAGUUGGUGAUGAGCCUGUGAGGAUAAGAAACAAUCAAGACUGGGUCACAUCAGCAGCUUCACCUAUGCUGCAGCAUGAGCCUCAACCGGACAAGUGCUCAGUCCACUUCAGCACUAACACUGCUUCGGCUCGAAGGCUGAAGGCCCAGAAAGAGGAGCUGGCCUAUCUGCAGGCCAUCCAGCAUGAAAACAAGGCAGUGAUGGAGAACUUGGUGCAGUUUGUGGGGGCAGAGUUGGGAGAUCAGAACUAUGAAGAUGUGAUUAAGGAAAAUGUCAUUGGCAUCCAAGAGGACCAUAAGAGUUGCCAUGAGGUGGUGGAGAAAGCUGAAGAAGACAUGGAAAAGCAGCUGGAGGGGGAAGUGUUGGGCGCUGGGAUGAAGAAAAUCAGAGAAGAGUCCUUGGCCUUUGAAGACAUGCGUCGUGCUGCAGUGGACAUCGCCAACAGGCUGGAGAUCUCAUCGCAGUCUCUGCAUGCUUCUUUCACCAAGCAGCUGAAAGACAUGGCCAAAAUUCAUCGCUAAGGAAGUGUUGAAAAGACUGGCUGCCCUCAUGUCAUCCUCCAACUUGAUGUAUGGUAUCCUGUGUGAGACCCAAAAUAAGGGAAAUAAACCUUCCUGCCAUUUGAUAUUUUUUAUUAAUUUAUCUAUAUAUGCUCAGAUCACUAAGAUACAAAAUGUGACUAGGUCUGCCAUUAUAUCAACUGUAGGAAUCAACGUUGUUAAAAGAUGACAGGAAAGUUAAGAGAACAAAGCAAAAAAUCAUUGCUGGUUAAAAAAAAAUGUUUCCCUUCACCCAAGUUAUAACCCCAUAAAAUAAGAUAUUAUUUUCCAUUCAGGCAUUAUUCGUGGAAUUGGGUGAGGUCAAAUGUGGUAACAGUAUGUGGUGCAGGUUUAAGCCAAGUUGAGUGUUAAUGGAUCAAACUAGAUUGGCCUUCAGAGACCAAACAUAAUGGCUCUGUUAGUCUUCUCAAGGGGAAGCUAUGGAUCAGCCAUCUGGUUCCAGGGUGAGGAUGGAGGCCAGGAUACGCUAGUGUGUUCCAACUGACAUUUUUAUUUUUGCAACAAAAAAAAAGAGGAGACUGCAAAUGGGUCUGCAAUACAAACCAUUGUUUUCUCUUGUUUGGAAAAAAAAACAACUAUGCAAUAACCUGUGUAUGAGGGACAAGAUAUUGUUUAAAGUGCUCAUAUUAUGCUGAUUUUCAGGUUCAUCAUUGUAUUUAGAGAUUGUACCAGAAUAAAUUU